AUGUAAUUUAUGCCAAACGGAGAUCUUUACUCAGUUUUAUAAAAAUAAAAAAGAUUUUCUGAACAUAUAACCAGGUUUAUUAUUGCUGAGGUAAUAUUAGGUUUACAAUAUUUGCAUGAAAAUCAGAACUCAAUGUAUAGAGACUUAAAGCCUGAAAACAUAUUAAUAUCUAAAACAGGUCAUAUAAAAUUAGCAGAUUUUGGUUUAGCAAAACAAUUUGCUUCAGAGGAGGAAAAAGAAAAUGCAUUUUUAGGAACUCCAUAUUAUUUAGCACCUGAAGUUAUUUUAGGAAAACCAUAUGACAAAUCAAUUGAUUUAUGGACUUUAGGAGUUCUGAUGUAUGAAUUAUUAGUUGGACGGCCACCUUUUUUACCUUAUGGGAAUAUGGAUUAAGAUGAAAUGUACAAAGAAAUUGUUAAAAAUUAACCUGAGUUUGAUAAUGAAAUUUUUUCUAUUUAAGCUCUUGAUUUAGUAAAAUAAUUAAUGCAUAAUGAACCUUAGAAAAGAUUGGGUAACUAAGGUUUUUUUCAUAUUAAAAAUCAUGAGUUUUUCAAUAAAAUUUAAUGGGAUAAAAUUGCUAAAAGAUGCAUCGAAUCACCUCUCCUACCUUUUUUGAAUAAAAAACCUUCUAGACAAUAUAGACCUAAGUCUAUUUAUGAGAGUCCAAUUAGAAAUAAAGAUUAUUAUGUUACUAUUCCUAACUUUAGCUUUACUAGAGAUGAAUCUUUGAAUUAUUGA